CCCCUGCAAAAAGAGCGUAUGUCGGUGUGUGUACAUCAGUAGCAGCUGUGCGUGCGUGCGUAUCGUGUCGUGUGACGUGUGGCCAUAACUUUGGAGCCCAACGCCGUUGAUUGGCUUCCACGAGAGUUCUAAAAUUUGUGCUCCCCAUACUGAAGAGUACGCUGUGACCGUGCCGUGAAGAAGUCGCAGCCCUAUGCGUGCGUCUGCGGUCCGCUUGUGACGGUGGUCUUGUAGCGUAACGCAGUGACACGCGGUGGUGCAACCAAUUUUUGUGGCCGACAAUGAAGGGCCAACUGGUAGGACUUUUGGUGCUAGUGGUGGCGACCGUUGGUGCGGUUUCGUACUGCCCCAACCGGUGCGUCUGUGACGACGAGAAGCUGCACGUGACGUGCGGCGAGGGCGAGCUGGAUGUGCUGCCGAUCGCGCUCAAUCCCUCGAUCGGCCGGCUGGUGAUAAAGUUCAAUCGCAUCAAAUCGAUCGACUCGUCGAUACAGUUCUACACCGAGCUGACGAUGCUCGAUCUGAGCUACAACCAUCUGCUCAGCAUCCCCGAGCGGAUCUUCAUGUACCAGAAGAAGCUGCUGCAGCUGCACCUGAACAACAACAAGCUGGGCGCGAUUACGAACCGCACGUUCGGCGGACUCGACGAGCUGCGGGUGUUGAAUCUGCGCGGCAACUUUAUCGACGAGAUCGGUAGCGAGAUGUUCCGAGCACUGCCGAAGCUUGAGGAACUGAACCUGGGUCAGAACCGUAUUGCCACCCUGCACGCCAGUGCUUUCGAUGGGUUGGCCAAUCUGCGGGUGCUGUACUUGGACGACAACUCCAUCAGCACCAUCCCAACGCUGUCGCUAACACCGCUCAAGGGGUUGGCCGAACUGUACCUCGGCACCAACUCGCUGUUCCGCGUGCUGCCGGGUGCCUUCGAGGGGCUAACGCAACUUCGCCGGCUAGACAUUCACGGUUCGAUGUUGGUGAACAUCACCGGCGAAACGUUCCGCGGUUUGGAGAACAUCCGCUCGCUGGACAUCUCGGACAACCAUCUGCUGAAGGUGCCGACCGUGCAGCUGAGUGGGUUGAAGCGUCUCGAAGAUCUCACCAUCGGCCAGAAUGACUUCGAAGUCAUUCCCGAGGGGGCAUUCUUUGGGCUGUCGAACCUCAAGUCGAUCGACAUCUCCGGUGCGUUGAACCUGCGCCAGAUCCAAUCGGGUGCAUUUUCGGCCAAUCCCAACCUGGAAUCGAUUACCAUUGCAUCGAACAAAGAGCUGCAAGAGUUAGACGAGGGUUCGUUUGCGGGACUUCCGCACAUCCGCAAGAUAUCGCUGCGCGACAACAAGAUCGCCACCUUCCACGAGGAACUGCUGCCGUGGAAGCAUUUGGUCGAGUUUGAUCUCACGGAGAACCCGCUCGUGUGUGACUGUAAUGUGCUGUGGUUGCGAAACUUGCUGCAGCGUCAAAAUCCCGAAACGGAAGAAGACGCCCAGAUCGUUUGCAACGGCCCGGACCGGCUGCACGGUGAGGCGUUGCGCGAGCUGACGGCGGAUCUGCUCGGGUGUCAGCAUUUGCAGUCGAAGGAGCGUGCCAUCUUCGGGGCCAUCAUCGUUGCGUCGGCCGCUAGCGUCACGACGCUGGUGCUGAUAGUGUACCGCUUGCGACAUCGCAUCCAGGACGUGCUGCGGCGGAUGGGCUGGGGUGGAAGUAAUAAGCGGGCCACGCUGCACGAGGAGAAGGACGUGGAGGUGCAGAAAUCGCUCGGCGAGGUGGAGUACCAUCAGCCGCACUGUAACAUCUACACGUACAACUACCACCCAGCGUACAGGAACUAUCAGCAUCCGUUCGGUGGACAGUACACGCUACCGUAUCCGCACUAUCAGUCGCACAGUGCCGCUUCCGCUUCCGGUGGGCAUGGUGCGGUGACGACAGCUACGCUGCAGCAGCAGCAGCCACACCACGUCCACCAGCAGCCGGGCCCGAAUUCGAUCGUAGCCGUCACCGGUAGCUACGGUGGUGGACAGCAACCCACCCAACAGCAGCACCAUCAUCACCAUCAGCAGCCACCGCUGCCCCAAACUCCCAAGGGCACACUCAGCACCUCCUCGUCCACGACCUCCUCGUCCACGUCCUCGUCGGCACUGUCGUCGACCGGGUCGACCGUGUCCGGUGUGUCGGCCCAAACCCAAUCCUCCACGAUCUACUCACCACAGUACGCGCACCACAUAUACGAGGUGCCGAAAAAUAUGGCCGACACCUAAGCGGCGAACCGGGGGAUAGAUUUCGCACACGCACAUUUAUCACAACACACACACACCGUUUUCUAGCAAAAAAAAGGUACACCACUACUCAGCACUAGCGAGCUCCUUCGUGAAGAUAGCGCGUCACCAAACUCACCAAAAAAAAAAAACAGAAACUCACCACUAUCUACAGUACUCACACAAGUUAGUAUUAACUGCAUCGUUGUUGUUAGGAUGGGGAUGGCCAGUUGGUUGGCCAGUCCCAGCCAGCCCGGGAGUAAAGUAGGGCCGAAAAUUCAGCAUUACUGAUAGCAUCCCACGGGAGUUACGGGGGUUACGAUGAGUCAUAUCGCGAGGAACUCGUUCAUCGCUAGGUUUAGAACGGGACGUUCCAUACGUUAUACCCGCGGUUCAAGGGUCAUUCAUCAAGUUUUCAAAAAGGGGACUUUACCGGUGCAAAAAAGCGCAUUUUACUUUCUAGUCAAUUUUUAAUUUAUCUAUCCUGAAGGAAGUAUAGUGAAGUUGUACUGACACGUAAAAGGAGUACACAAUCGAAGCAAUCUCUCGUUCUUAGGCGUAUAUGUUUAAUUUUUAUGCAAAAAAAAAAACAAAAAACCGAAAAAACAAAAGAGGCACAGACUAAUAUAUUCUUUCCCCUCCCCCUUUUAUUUCAUAGCAUGUCAAAUUAAACGAGCAAAAACGAAGGCUAUUACAAAUCAAACAAGUACAACCGUUUCCACGUGCGUGCGUGCGUGCGCGCAUUUAUGUGAGUGUGUGUGUGUAAACAUUUCCAAUCGGUGGAAACUUCUCAGUUAGUUGUAAAUAUUAUGUAAAUAAACUUUUUUA